AUACUAUACUAUAUAUUCACAUGAUCGAUCCAUACAAGUACUAAUCCAAUACUUGGUGAAAUCAUCCGAGGAAAUUCAAUUAAUAGACAAAGGAAGCUACAAUGCACAAAAUAGAAUGGAUAUUAAUAUGGUUAUCUUUUAUUUGUCUCUUCUGGUUUAUGCCAAAAUCAGUAGUUGAAAAUCAUCCAAACAACAAUGUUCCUGAAAUUCAUCAUCAUCAUAAGUAUGAUGUCUUUGUUAACUUUCGUGGUUCAGACAUCCGCAAAGGUUUUCUUGCUCAUUUGAUUAAAGCUUUAUCUGAAAAGAAAAUUGUUACUUUUGUAGAUGAUAAACUUAAAAGAGGAGAUGAAAUAUCAGCACUUUAUGAUGCAAUUGAAAAAUCAUUGAUAUCUUUGGUUAUAUUCUCUCAAAAUUAUACUAGUUCAGCUUGGUGUUUGGAUGAGUUAGUCAAAAUUGUUGAAUGUAGAGAAAAAAAUGGACAGAUUUUAUUGCCUGUUUUCUAUAAAGUGGACCCUACUAAUGUGAGGAAUCAAAAUGGAAGUUAUGGUAAUAUUGCUGUUGCUGAACAAGAAAAAUGGUUCGAUUCGAGUAGGGUGGCAAAAUGGAAAUCUGCUUUGAAAAAAUCGGCUGAUAUUAGUGGGUUUCCUUCCUCUGAUUUUUCGAAUGAUGCUAAGCUUAUUGAAGAAAUAGUUAAAGUUGUGUUGAAGAGGUUGGAUCAUGGGCGUCUAGUUAAUUCAAAAGGAAUUGUUGGAAUUGGAAAACAAAUUUCAAAUGUGGAAUCAUUGUUACAAUUAGAGUCACAAGAUGUUCGUGCUAUUGGAAUUUGGGGGAUGAGUGGUAUAGGUAAAACAACUAUUGCAGAAGAAGUAUAUAGCAAGCUAUGUUCCGAGUAUGACGGUUGUUACUCGAUGACUGAUGUUCGAGAAGAAUGUAGAAAAAAUGGAAUAAUGUCUUUAAAGAAAGAGAUUUAUUCUACUCUAUUAAAGCAACAAGAUUUGGAUAUCGACACACGAAGUGGAUUACCUUCUUCUGUUGUGAGGAUGCUUCGUCGUAUGAAGGUUCUUGUUGUUCUUGAUGGUGUCAAUGAUCUACAACAACUAAAUUAUUUAAUUGGAUCGACGACACUUGAUUGGUUUGGAAAUGGUAGUAGAAUAAUCAUAACAAGUGGAGAUAAGCAAGUACUUGUCGAAAGAGGGGUUGAUAUAUAUGAGGUUAAGGCAUUAGACUUUGAUGACUCUCUUAUGCUUUUCAAUAUGUAUGCCUUUGAACAAAAUCAUGCAUAUCAGGAAGAGUACUAUGAGUUGUCGAAGAUGAUGGUCAAGCAUGCCGCAGGAAUUCCACCUGCUCUUGAACAUUUGGGUCGUCGGCUUCGUGGAAAAGAUAUAGAAGCAUGGGAAAAGCAGUUAGGGAGGCUUAAAAAAAGAGUUCCAAUUAAAAAAGUUCAUGAAAUUUUUAAAUUGAGUUACAAUGAUCUUGAUCGUCACGAGCAGAAGAUACUAUUAGACAUUGCAUGUUUUUUUGAUGGAUUGAAUCUCAAAAAUGACGACAUACAACUGUUGGUAAAAGAUCGUGAUUAUUCAUUGGCUGAUGAGCUCGAUAGUUUGAUAAAUAAAGCUCUUAUAACCAUUUCUCCAGAUAAUGUUGUAUCCAUGCUAAACAUUAUACAACAAACAGCUUUGGAAAUUGUUCGCGAAGAAUCCAAUGACGACCCUGGAAAACAAAGCCGACUACAGGAUCCUGAUGAUAUUUAUUAUGUGCUGAAAAAUAACAAGGGGAGUGAGGCUAUUAGAAGCUUAGCUAUCGAUGUGUCGAUAAUUAAGGAGUUGCAGUUACAUCCAAAGGUGUUUGCAAAAAUGAACAAACUACGAUAUUUGGAUAUUUAUAGUAACGGGUACUCUUAUGAUUUUGUUCGAAGUCGAGGGGGCUUGAAUCUUUCUCAAGGUCUUGAAUAUUUGCCAAAUGAACUCAGAUACCUUCGUUGGGCACGUUUCCCUUUGGAGUCCUUACCAUGCACUUUUUCGGGUGAAAAACUUGUCGUAUUGGACUUGCAGUACAGCCGUGUGAGAAAACUUUGGCACGAUGAUCAUAAGAAGGAUCUUGCAAAUUUAAAAUACCUUAAACUCGGCUCAUCGUCAGACUUGUUGGAGCUACCAGACUUGUCAAAUGCUAAAAAUCUUGAAGUAGUUGAUCUUCGCCUUUGUACCGGGUUGACUAGUGUACAUCCAUCUGUCUUUACUCUCAAUAAGCUUGAGAAAUUGGACCUAGGUGGAUGUUUUUCCCUCAGAAGCUUUCGAAGCAAUAUCCGUUUCAGCUCCCUUCGUUAUCUCUCGCUUGCUGGUUGCACUGCACUAAAGGAGUUCUCAGUAACCUCAAAGGAAAUGGUAAACUUGAAUUUAGAACUAUCGGGUAUCAAACAACUGCCAUCAGCAAUUGGACUUCAAACCAAACUUGAAAAGUUGCUUCUUGCACACAGUUACAUUGAGAACUUGCCUAAAAGCAUCAAGCAUCUUCCAAGGCUUAGACAUCUAGACUUGCGACAUUGUAGGAAGCUUCGAAGUCUACCAAAACUUCCUUCAUCGUUGAUAACUCUAAAUGCCAGUGACUGUGUAUCAUUGGAGAAUGUAACUUUCCCUUCAACUGAUGUUCAAAUGUUAAAGGAAAACAAAACAAGAGUGUCAUUCUGGAAUUGCUUGAAACUGGAUCAACAUUCUCUCAGGGCAAUAGGAUUGAAUGCACAAAUUAACAUUAAGAAAUUUGCACAUCAGCAUAUAUCCAUAUCCCUUGAUCACGAUCAUGAUGCUCAAGGCACCUACGUGUACCCGGGAAGCAGUGUUCCAGAAUGGUUGGUGUAUAGGACAACACAUGAUUACAUGACUAUUGAUCUCUCUUUUGUGAAUCAUUCGUCUCCAUUGGCCUUCAUUUUAUGCUUCAUUGUUCCACAAGUUGAAUCACCAGGUUUCAUUUUGAGAUUUAAUAUUGGUAUUGAUGAAGGUGAAGAUAUCCAAUUGUACUUGGACAGGCCAAGUCGAGAAAUUAAAUCAGAUCACGUGUAUUUAAUAUCUGAUCGAGGUUUUUCUCGCUAUCUCAAUAACCAAGUCAAAGAUCAGCCAAAGUUCAAAAUUAAGGUUACAGCAGAAUCACACACACUAACAUCAGAUUAUGUGUCAUUAAUAAUGUUGAGAGGAUUUGGGGUCAGCCCAAUAAACACCUCAUAAUAUCUCAAUCUCAUUGAACACAUAGAAAUGGCUGAAGGUCCAAGUAUUUCAAAUUCAUUGUUGAGUAUUGUUUACAGCCUUUUUUUACUUAUAAACUUUGUUCUACCUAUGAUACCUUACCAAUAAUAAAUAAUAAUACUUAUCUUCUCAUUUUA